GUACUCGUUCUGUUUUGCAACAGGGGUAUUAAUAUAAUAUAAUAGUAUUACAAAGCACAGCCUAAAUUCUGAGGUUGAAAAUAGCUCAAACUCAUUAACAUCAUCAACUCAAUUCCACCAUCAUGCUCUGAGCUGAGCUGAGCUGAGAUAAAGAAAAAGUGAACCCAAACUACAAAUGGCUUUGCUAUCAUCUCCACCAUCUCACUUUCCUACUCUCUCUCCUCCUAACUCUCUCUCUAAAACCCACUUCACACUUAAGUCUACUUUCCCCCUCUCUCUCAGGGGUAAAAGACACUUUCCUCUUUUAUCCACUAGAGUUUCUGAUAAUGGGUCAGGUGUAGUUGUUGUGGAGGAGGAUGAGAAGAAGGAAGAAGCUGCUCCUGUGGUUGAAUCUGAGCAGAAAGUGGAGUCUAGUGAAGGUUCGGUGGAGACUAAUGGGUCUCCGGCGGUGGCUGCCGGAGCUCCGGUGGAGGUUGUGGUGGGGAAGUAUGAGAAUCCCAAGUGGGUUGGUGGGACUUGGGAUUUGAAGCAGUUUCAGAAAGGUGGAACUACUGACUGGGAUGCUGUUAUUGAUGCUGAGGUGAAGAGGAGAAAGUGGCUAGAAGAUAACCCAGAAUCAUCAAAUAAUGAUUUUCCUGUAGUUUUUGACACCUCCAUUGUUCCAUGGUGGGCAUGGGUGAAAAGGUUCCAUCUUCCUGAAGCUGAACUACUCAAUGGUCGUGCUGCAAUGGUUGGAUUCUUCAUGGCUUAUUUUGUGGAUAGCUUGACCGGGGUAGGUCUUGUGGACCAGAUGGGCAACUUCUUCUGUAAAACUCUACUUUUUGUAGCUGUAGCAGGUGUACUUUUGAUCCGGAAAAAUGAAGACAUUGAUAAUCUUAAAAAGCUGAUAGAUGAGACGACAUUUUAUGACAAGCAGUGGCAAGCAACCUGGCAAGAUGAGAACUCCACCAAUUCCAAAAAAGACUUUUGAAGUUGAUUCUCCCAGGGUCUGUUUCUUUUGAGUUGACAAUGUUUUUUCUUUCUUAGAAAUCUGUAUCGAAUUAUUUCUUUUCACCAUUAGAAAGCUGAUAGAUUAUAAGUCUGUCAUUAUUCCUCUUACAA